AUGGUCGAAAAGGGGCUCGUUUCCGCACUUGAUAUGGAGUUCGAAGAGUACAAUGGUGUUGACGCGGGUUUCGAGUUGGAGGUGCAACAAGCCGGUCAAGAACAGCAGAUACAGAACAGCACUGGAGCCGAGGUCCAAUCUAGUGUGGUCUUCAUGGCAGCCUUCUUUGCCAUUUUCCAAAUGUUGUACCUCACCAACAAAGCGUCGUCUCUUCUCUUGCUAAUCUUCAACAGAAUACCUGCUCUCAAUGGCAUCGGGUACAGAUCCAACAUCACCCCGUCGACUGUCAAGCAGCAGAUAGAAUACAAUUCCCUUUCCAACAGCAUUAUCCGAUUCGUCGUCUGCCUGACAUGUCACGCCAAUUAG